UGCCCCAAAAUGCAGGGGUAAAACAAUAAAUCGAAACCUAUUGCUUUAAAGCUUCAAUCCCUCAUUCCUUGGAGAUCAUUAAUCGUUGCCAAGUGGACGAAAAGCACCUGGCUGUGUAUUCUCGGUUCACUGUUGCUUAUAUUGCUAUUAUUAAUAUUACUAUAACUAUAAUCCAUUCUGUCUACAUAGGUCUUUCACACGCACUUAAUAUUGUUUACCAAAGAAAUGGUGAUGGAGAAACCAAGUCCCCUGCUUGUAGGGCGGGAGUUUGUGAGGCAGUAUUACACACUGUUAAACAAGGCGCCAGACUUCCUGCACAGGUUCUACGGGAGGAACUCUUCCUAUGUUCACGGGGGUCUCGACCCGAGUGGGAAGCUAGUGGAAGCAGUGUACGGGCAGGCGGAUAUCCACAACAAGGUCAUGUCUCUGCAGUUCAGCGAGUGCCGUACAAAGAUCCGCCACGUGGAUGCCCACGCCACGCUCAGCGACGGCGUGGUGGUGCAGGUUCUCGGGGAACUCUCCAACAACGGGCAGCCCAUGCGGAAGUUCAUGCAGACGUUUGUGCUCGCUCCAGAGGGUUCAGUGGCCAACAAGUUCUAUGUACACAAUGACAUCUUCCGUUACGAGGACGAAGUUUUUUGCGACUCUGAAGCCGAACUUGACGAGGAAUCAGAGGAGGAAGUUGAACAGGAGCCAGAAGAGAGACAGGCAUCCCCUGAGCCGCUGCAAGAGAACCCCAACAGCACCGCCUACUACGAGCCUCACCCCGUCACUAACGGAGUGGAGGAGCCCAUGGAGGAGCCGGCUCCAGAACCAGAAAUGGAGCCUGAGUCCAAAGUUGAGGAGGUAAAGUCUGAAGUGGAUGAGAAGGUUCUGGAAGAAAUGGAGGAAAAAGCUCCCUCACCAGUCCCGGUGGAAUCUCCACCCCAUGCUCAGGAGCCACCCAAGACCUUUUCAUGGGCCUCCGUGACCAGCAAAAACCUGCCUCCUGCUGGCACCUCUGGAAUCUCACCCCACGUUGUCAAAGUGCCAAGCUCACAGCCCCGAGUUGAAGCCAAGCUAGAGACGCAGCCGGCCCCGCUCCGACCCCGAGACCAGCGCACACGUGACAGACCGGCCUUCCCCCCGCGAGGACCCCGACCAGAUGUCGUGCCAUCAUCGGAGGGGCAAAUGGGAAAACCGCACCUGAGUUUUGUUAAAGGUGGCAGAGGGGAAGGUGAAUCCGGCGAAAUGGACGGCAGGCGAACCGUGCGCUACCCGGACAGCCACCAGCUUUUUGUCGGCAACCUCCCGCACGAUAUCGACGAGAGCGAGCUCAAAGACUUCUUCAUGACCUACGGGAAUGUCGUGGAGCUGCGCAUCAACACCAAGGGUGUCAGCGGGAAGCUCCCCAACUUUGGAUUUGUGGUGUUUGAUGACUCAGAUCCCGUGCAGAAAAUCCUUGGGGCCAAGGUAGACGGGCCCAUCAUGUUCCGAGGCGAGGUGCGUCUCAAUGUGGAAGAGAAGAAGACGAGGGCUGCGCGCGAGCGAGAGAUCCGGGGCGACGAUCGUCGGGACAUGAGGCGCAAUGACCGAGGGCCUGGAGGCCCGCGGGGCAUCAUGGGGAGCGGCAUGAUGCGGGAGCGCGACGGCAGGGGACCGCCACCCCGAGGCGGCAUGCCGCCCAAACCGGGCAUGGGGUCUGGAAGGGGCUUGGUAGGCCUCGGCGAAGGUCGCUUCACGACCCAGCGCCGUUGAGGAGAGCGGGGAAUCGUACCGCCGGCUUCAAACAUAUAUAUUUUGGUUGUCCUUAAACUAUUUUUUUUUUGGGUUCCCUCUUUGCUUUGGAAUGUGACACACGCUGUCGCGCUUAUUUAAUUGUGAGCCGAGGAUUUUUUUUAUUUUUUUGCUACGGCAAGAAAUCACAAACUUAUCAUUUGUAUAUUUUGUGUGGUGAAAGCAACCAGGAGUCAUCUUGUGCCACAUUCGGAGGGACUGAAAGACUAUAACUACAGUUUAAAACGAAAAAGACAGCCUGUCAUUCUGGAUAAAAGAGAUUAUCUGCCUUGACUUAACCUUCCAUUGCACAUUUUCUAUGGUAGUUACUGUUGGAAGAUGCAGAAGUUGUGCUGUUCUGGGGGGAAAGGCCUACCUCCCCACCCCUCUUUUCGAGAGACCACUGCUUAAAAUUUGUAUUACGUAUUCGCCAAUAUGCACUCAUGGAUAUUUUUUUUUUUAUUAUUUUUUCCUCUCCCCCCCUUAUGUCGAUAUUCUCGCUCGGAAAGCCACCGAAGCGACACGACACAAACGGGGCAGGCCUCGCUGCUGUGACCAAUGUAUACCGAAAAUUUCCAUUUUACUGCUGGAUGGACAAGAUGACCUAUUUUUGCCUCAUUUCUAAGUAUAAAUAAUCCAAUCCACCAAAUGACAGUAUGUUUGGAUGGGGGUGGGUGGGUGACAAAGGAUAAAGAAUGGACGAGUGGUGCUCUGGUUUCUUUUCAUUCAAACUUUUGUUUUUUUCCCCCCGCCAGCUAAGGAUGAAGGACGCCUUCACUGUCGUCAAAAAGUGACAGAAUAAAUGUACAGCAAAAGUCAUCGUUUACUGUAUCGAAUUCUUUUCUCUUGAUAUAUAUAAAAGAAAACAAAAAAAACGGUGCCUUCUGCUUUCACCUUCCUCGCUCUUACUAAAGCGAUUUUUGGACUUUGGUCGGGUUGAGGUUAAUGCUUAUGGAUCAUUUCUUGCUUUAAGAUGUAACUUUUUGUGCAUUUUCUUUGCGUUUGUCAGAGAUUUUUUGGAGGGGGUGUGCUUUAAUACAGAGGAGAAAAGGUAAAUUUUUAUAUUUCUUCAUAGCCCCACCCAAGCCACAUUGGUUACAUUUUGACAUAGUGGAGCUGCCCCAAACAUGUUCUAAUGCAAAAAAAAAAAAGUAAAGUCAAAAGCAUAAAACAAUGUAAAAUCUGUACAGGCAAUUUAGGGAUUAUGAUCAGUAAAAUUAAAUCACCUAAUGCUAUACAAGUGCAAUAGUUAAAGAAACUAACUAAAUAAAACUUCUCACCAUUGGACAUAAGGCAAAUUGUCACCGAGCAGUUUUGUUAGCAUCCCCUUGGUAAAUAGUGUGCAUGUCAUGUUUAGAUAAUUUGAUUGCUCAUAUUGAACGAUUUAAUUUCCUGCUCUAUGGUACCUUUCUGUGGCAUGACAAAAUUCCAAAAAGCAACUUCUGAUGUUUCAUCACCAAAAAUUAGGUUGGAGGCCAACUUUUUGAGGUUCCACUGUUCUUUUUUUUGCUCUCAGGUUUUCAUGAUUGUUAAUUCGUUACUUUAAAAAAAAAAAAAAAAAAAAACAGUCCACUUACUCACAAUUUUGUAAACCACCCAGCAACAACCUGAGAUCACCUUUUCGAGCCGCCUUAUUACUUUUUUAAUAUAUAUAUAUAUAUAUAUAAAUAAUGCCACUUACUCAUUGUGCUUAAUAUAUUCAUGUGUCCUACAGGGGUCCUCUUUUUUUUGUCUUUCUUAGUUUCUGCUGGAAAGGAAAAUAUUUUUAUUUGAUAAUCUUGCACUGAAAAUGGGGAAAGUGAUGUAGCAACUAAAUAUGCUAAUGAGGUUUUCCUUGUCCAGAAAGUAUUGCGCAAUUAUUAGUAUUUUUUUUGGGUGGGACAACAUUCCCAGGGGCAAUCUGUCGGUUUUGAGCGUGGCCUCUCCAAAAUUCAACUGAAUUGGUGCAACCUAUUUUCAGAGAAGUACUUUUCAUUAAUGCUUUAGAUUUUUCCUGUUUUUUCUUUUUUUUUUUUUUAAAGCAAGAAUGACGAUCCACCCCUCAUAGAUCCUCAAAAGCAGACAAAUGUGUAAAUUGUUCUUGUCAUUAUGAUUUUCCUCUCUGGUUGCAAGUAGACUGGAUAGCCACAGUAAAUCAUGCAAGUCCUUUUGGAAUGCAAAUAGACUGUUUAAAAAAAAAAAAAAAAAAAAAAAAAUUGACAGCCAUCUUUUACUGUGUUUACCCUUGUUGCUACAAUACAUUUUUUUGUAGUUUCCUCUAGGUUUGGUUUUCCUUUUCAUUUUGAAUGUGUUAGACUUAAUAAACUACUGAUAUCGGCACCACUCAUAACAUUGCUCAUGUGUUGUGCAACUUUCCCAUUACUUUAAGGAGGCCUGUUUUUAUUUGUACAGUGGAUGAUCCAAAGUUAAACGUGUCGCAAGUGCAUUGUUUUGUGUGGGGAAAAAACAAAAAGUCUCAAAAGUAUUAAACCAAAUCUCAUGAGCA